UUUUCUCAGGUCAAGCUUCGCGGGGGCUCAGCAAACCAUUUUCUCAAGCAAGUCCUCUUUGAUCGAUGCCCAAAUGCCCAAUCCCUCUCUCUAAUCUUCUCAGAAACUCAGUGCUGAGGGGUCUCAGCGUGUGUGUCCAUUCUCCUAUUCAUUCGCUUCCGAGUUGCUCCUCACCUCCUCAUAAUGACGGAGAAGAUGAAAUUGAGCCUUUGCUUCCGGGGGAAAUCUUCAAAUCAGGCACCCAAUCGGGUUCUUACAGAUUGGGCGACUCGACUUUCUAUUCACUCAUUGAAAACUACGCGAUUUCCUGCGAUUUUAGGUCACUGGACAGGGUCUUGAGUCAAAUGAAGCGCGAAAGGAGAGUUUUUGUCGAAAGGAAUUUCAUUGUAAUGUUCAAAGCUUAUGGGAAAGCGCAUUUACCUGAAGAGGCGAUGGGGCUGUUUCAUAGGAUGGAGAAUGAAUUUCGAUGUAGGCAAACUGUAAAAUCUUUCAAUUGUGUCCUUAAUGUCAUUAUUCAAGAGGGUAUGUUUACUCGUGCCUUGGAUUUUUAUUCUGAUGUAAUUGCUACCAAGAGUCUGAAUAUACAUCCAAAUGUACUCACUUUCAACUUAGUUAUCAAGGCCCUGUGUAAGUUGGGUUCAGUUGAUAAGGCUAUUGAAAUGUUCAGAGAAAUGCCACUCAAGAACUGUGCUCCCGAUACAUAUACAUACUGUACACUAAUGGAUGGGUUGUGCAAGGAGAGUAGAAUUGAUGAUGCCAUUUCUUUAUUGGAUGAGAUGCAAAUUGAAGGUUGUUUCCCAAACCCCAUCACAUUCAAUGUGUUGAUUAAUGCUUUGUGCAAGAAGGGUGACUUAGUACGUGCAGCCAAGCUUGUUGAUAACAUGUGUCUUAAAGGCUGUGUCCCAAAUGAGGCCACGUAUAAUGUCCUUGUUCAUGGAUUGUGUCUCAAAGGUAAGUUGAACAAGGCAGUUAGUCUAAUGGGUCAAAUGGUAUCAAAUAAAUGUGUGCCUAAUGAUAUUACUUAUGGAACACUCAUUAACGGGUUUGUUAAGCAAGGCAGAUCUGUUGAUGGAGUUCAUGUAUUAUCCUCAAUGCAAGAAAGAGGUCAUGUAGGGAAUGAGCAUAUUUACUCAUCCCUUAUUAGUGGGCUGUUCAAGGAGGGAAAAUCCGAGCUUGCUAUGCAACUGUGGAGAGAAAUGGAAGGAAAAGGAUGUCAACCAAAUGCUGUUGUGUUUAGUGCUUUAAUAGAUGGUCUUUGCCGAGAGGGGAAGCCAGAUGAUGCAAGGGAAGUUUUAUAUGAGAUGAAGAGUAAAGGAUAUGCACCAAAUUCUUUUACUUAUAGCUCCCUAAUGAAGGGUUAUUUUGAAAAAGGUGAAAGUCAUAAAGCUAUUCUUGUGUGGAAAGAGAUGGAAGACAAUAAUUGUAAUCAUAACAAGGUUUGUUAUAGCAUACUAGUUGAUGGCUUGUGCAAGCAGGGGAAGCUCAUGGAGGCCUUAAUGGUGUGGAAGCAGGCAUUGAGUAGAGGAAUUAAAUUAGAUGUUGUGGCUUACAGCUCAAUGAUUCAUGGUUUUUGCAAAGCUCACUUAGUAGAACAAGGCAUGAAACUUUUCCAACAGAUGCUUUGUCUGGAAUCUGAAUCACAACCCGAUGUGAUUACAUAUAACAUUCUUUUGGAUGCUUUGUGCAUGCAGAACAGCAUCUCCCGUGCUAUAGGUCUUUUAAAUAUUAUGCUAGAUCGGGGUUGUGAUCCUGACUUAAUUACAUGCAAUAUUUUCUUGAGAACUCUGAGAGAGAAAGUGAAUCCGCCUCAAGAUGGGAGAGAGUUUCUCGAUGAGCUUGUAGUCCGGUUAGUUAGGCGACAUAGAAUAAUAGGUGCUUCCAAAAUUAUAGAAUUGAUGCUGCGUAAGUAUUUGCUUCCAAAAGGUUCUACUUGGGCCAUAAUUGUUCAAGAGCUCUGCAAACCCAAGAACAAUCAAAAAGCUAUUAAUGAAUGUUGGAGCAGGCUGUAUUGCUGAUUUUUUUAGAGCCUUUGUUUUCAACUCUUUUAAAGCUCAGAGAUUACAAAUACAGUAAUCUGUCAAGGUCAUCACUCUGUAGGUACUCAAACUUUUCAAAGGAAGAUGCACAGCAAAGGUAGAGUUUUCAUUGUGCUUUAUUCAUAGAUCUCAUCUUGUUUAUUUGGAGAUAUCAGUGUGAACCUAGAAGGCUGCAAAUGUCGAGAAUUGUAUCACUUGGACCAUUUCAGCUGCCUGACUUUGUAAACUGCAGUUGUCCCCAACCAAAAAAAAAAAAAAAAAAACAUCUUGUAUUAGUCAAUUCAAACCAUAAAUAAUGUAGAAAAGAUUUCAAAGGAAAUUGAAAAAUCCUAAUUUUAAAUCAAUAUUUUAAAAAAAAUGAAAGUUCUCAACUAUUUUAAUUAAAGUUCUGCAAGAAUAUUAAGAAUAGUAUUAUUCUACUUUCCAACACUAUCUUAUAUUUAGCAGUUAGGCCUCUAUUUUGAUCCGUACUCGUGUUUUUUGAGUGCUAUUAAUCCUUUAGAUAAUUGUAAAAAUUUAGAUUUUAUUAAAUAUGCAUUUGGAUAAGUGGAUCUGUCUAGAAAAGAAAGUGUUCCUUGGAAAUUUUUAGUUGACUUCCUGACUUGUUGACAACGAUUAGAGAUAUGAAUAAAACCAGGCUAAGGAUUCAUCUAACAGAUUAAGCUUAGGUUAUAUUGAUCCAUGAUAGCAAUGGUCUUUACACCACAAUAUCAUGUUAAUUUCUCAAUAGUUGUCCAUGACAAUUUGGUUUGGGAUGGUUAUUCACUAAUUGUGUACAUUUUUUGUCAGUACUCUCCUAAACAUUCACGCUAUGUUGCGUAUGCUGACUGGUAACAUUCAAUGAAGAAGUUAAAUCGGAAGAGAAUAGAGGUUGACUCUCACCUUGGACAGAGCUUGAAAAGAAUAGCCUUUUGUCAGAUAAACUUGUGCACAUUUGGCGCUUGCAAAGGCUAGUACCUGAUGGCGAUUGUUCGGAAAUAAUGAAUGGACUCUCAGGUAUUAAAUAAUAAAUAUGAUGAGAAUGAAUUAUGGAGCACGCACUUUGGUUAAAGAGAGAGGGAAAAAAGAAAAAGAAAAAGAAAAAGAAAAGAACCAUGGAGCACGCACAACUGAUAUUCCUCAUUUCUGGUUUAUCUGUGAUCCUGAUAUGUUUUCUAGCUCUAUAAUUUUCUGUACGCGUGUGUCAGAUUUGGUUAAUGUAUUUCCCUUGCUUGAAGAUUCCUUCUCUGGUAGUCUGAUCUGCAAUUAUUCAAGAGCCCAGAAUCACUUGACCUUAAUCUUAAUGUACCUUUAGAAAGAGGUAGAUCAGAGUGUAAGACAAUCCUUAGACCAGAUGACAACAGCUAGGGAGGGUGAGGCAUUUACUCAUGAAGCUUCAAAUCAACUCUCCUUUUCAUCAUGGAUUUCAAAUUGGACAAUACCUAGGUCAAUUUCAAGAGGAUUAUGGUUCUAGAAGGAUUAUUCGAUUGGAGAUGGAAGAUCCAUUGACGUUGGGGGUCCUAUUCGCGUUUGUCAUGUCUCUUCAACUGAAACAGCUGUUAGGUUCAUGCAAGACUCGUUCAUCCUGUAACAAAGGGGGUACUUGAGAAGAGUACCAUAGUUGGAAAAUCGGUUCAUCCUGUAACAGAGCCAAAUCAGUUCAUCCCGUACUUGCUAUUGACCUUGUGAGAUUCAGAUAUACCUACUGGAAGGCUAUUAUAUGUGAUCUAAUAGUGAGAGGUGUAGAUAAGUUGUACAGUUUAAUUUCUGUUUUCUCACGUACCAAACAGAAUAUGCUUAUUGUGUAGGCUUGACGAAUACUACCUCCAAAUGUUUAAUCUUUAAUAUAAGAGCUAGUUGGAUAUUUAAUUUGGUAUUGAA